AUGGAUGAUGUUUUGAUUGUGGACUCAGAAAAUGCAAAUUUUGAAGAAAGUGGAACUGCCCGGGAUAAUGAAACUGGAAUAAAUGAUUCUAUUUCUAAAGUUGGUAUGCAAUUCCCCAAUGAAAAGGAAGUUUCUCACUUUUAUAUGCGAUACCCAUAUGCCACUGGUUUUCUUGUGAGAAAAAGAAGUUCGGGGAAGGAUGAUGAUGGAGUUCUACGAUAUGUCACAUUCACUUGUAGUAGCGAAGGACGAAUAAAUAGUUCUACAAGAACUUCCAUGAAGCCGCAACCCAUAAGUAAUACAGGGUUUGUUGAAGCUGGCGGGUACGAAAAUAUAACUUUUGUGGAGAAGGAUUGUCGUAACUAUGUCGAGCAGGCCAGACGCCUAAGACUUGGCGAAGGGGAUGCGGCUGCAAUACAAUCCUACUUUUCUAAUAUGCAAGCUUAA